AUGAUCAAAGCUGAAAUGAACCUCAAGAUGCACUACAUCAUAUGGCUCACCGUGUCGGCGCUACCGUGGACCUUGUGCUCAACCUCUUGCGAGAGACGCAUCGACGAAAGACAACUGAAAUCGGAGCUCUGCACUAGCUUCAAGGGGUAUCUCGAGAGCCUCGGACAGUGUGCCACGUACAUGGUCAGCAUAAUCCAGAAGCAGUGUCGUGACACAUGCGGCUGCUCCUCUGACGAGGACUGCGGGAAAGGUUUUGUAUGCACGGAUCACGUUUGCAAACGCAAGGCCGAAUGCCACGACAAUCGCGAGUGCGAUGGUCGAGUUUGCGAAAGCGGCAAAUGCGUGCCUUGCACUGCGACGGCCAGUUGCGGUCGACCAGACGCCAAAUGCGUCGACGGCCGCUGCGUUGCUGCCACCGAUCCAAGACCUGCCGACUGUACCAAAAGCACCGACUGCGGAGAAGUCCAGGUUUGCAAAGACGGCAAAUGCAGUUCUUGCUCAACCGAUGCAGAAUGUGGAGAUGGUAAGCUCUGCAGUGCUGGCCAAUGCAUACCAAAGCCCCCGACCUGCGGUCAACCUGGCUUCGAAUGGGCACAGUGGCGUGGGCCUCGCUCUUGGGGCAAGGUCAAGUCACCUCCAUUCGCAGAGUUUGAUCCCUCAGCCUUCAAGAUUCAGGCACCCGAGCAUUCUGGGAGAACCAACAGCUUGAUAAUCACGGAUCCUCGGAGACUUUACGGUGAAGCGAUUGCCACCAACUUGGCGGCAGUAAUUCAUCAAGGGUUCCUCCUGGCUCCCGAGACGGGAAACUUCACCUUCAUCUUUGGACAAGCAGACGACAUUGCCCUCGUUUGGUUGGGCAACCUCGCGUACAGUGGCUGGACUCGGGCAAACGCGGACAUUGAAAGGACUUAUAUCCCUCCGCCGGGUGAUGAAACUCGCACCGUCAGGCACCUCGAACAGGGAACGUAUUACCCUGUGCGGGUAGCCUGGGGAGACAAAGGUGGCAACGUAGCCCUGUCUGUGAAGAUUGUCGCACCAAACGGCACAGAGUUGACCGGGCAAGACGGUGGUUACUUUCGAACUGAAGCCUGCGACGGGUCGUAUGGUAAGUUCCCAGCCUACGGCCCGCCUCAGUGA